CAAACAGGUCGGCAUCGGCGGUAAUCUGCGAUAUUACGGGAGAAUAUCGUUCCGUAUCUGACCAACCAACAGCAUUUAACAACAGCAAACAGAAGUUUUUGUCUCUUUAUUAACAGCUGGUUUGAUUUGGUAAAGGUACCAGUUUGAAAAACUCAAGUGUUUCAUUCGGAAAGAAACUACAGGGAACGUGGCUGUACAACACACAUUUUAACAAUGUUUUUAAAGAGUUGUCCUCAAUCGACAUCAACUUUUCUGCGAGACUUUUCACAUGUACAAUGGCGAGGUCUUCCUCCGUGCUGGUGCUGCUCUUCUGAGACCCGCUCAGGUAAUUAGACAUGGGCUGAGCUCACCGUGUUAUUGUUGAGACAACAAUGAUGAUUAUGAGGCAAUUAUUUUCUGACUGUUCGCUGUAAGUUGUCACUGGGAUGCUGGAUGAAUAAACAAAAAAUAAUUAUUUGAAUAUUUAUUGACUGUACCACCGUUCUGUAAAAAUCUGACUGUGCACCGAAACAUGAGAUUAAAAAUAUUUCUCUGUGAUUUUUUUCCCUUGUCUCUUGCAUAUUCUACAAGUAUAUUUUAGUUAUUUCACAGAUUAAAUGCACAUUUUACCUCGUAACAUUACAAAGAAUAAGGUUUUUAACAUAGAAAUGAAAAAAGUUUGAAAAAUACUGCAGUAUUGCUCUUAAUUAAUAACAAAGGAAAGUAAACCCUGUAAAAAUUAAAAACCCAAUUAGACUAAAAUAAAGUCUUAGAAUACCGACUUUCAAAUGUCAUAUUUUUUCUGUAAAAAAACAAAUAAAAAGCUAAAAAAAUGUAUGUAGUUUUUAGAAUUAUGUGAUUAAAGCCUUUUUUUAAAAUUUAACGAAAAAAGGCAGAUUUAAGAGAAUUUUAAUCAAUUAGGUCAAUAAAUAUUCAAGUCAUAUUAUUUAGUAUGUCAGAGAAAAGUUUAAUUUACCCCCCAGAAAUUAACCCGCGUUUCAUAACCCGUAAUGGCUGACUAUGGGUAGGUCAGUAACAAUUAUUAGCUUGUGUAUCCAAACGCGGCCUUCUGGAAAAUUCUACAGAAUGAUUGAAUUUCUUCUUAGGUUUUUAUCCUCAGCAAAUAUUGGAAUACACCGUGUAUUAGGUUUAUGCGUAGUGAUGUGGAAUACUGCGGCUAACUUCAUUUUGAAAAAUGUAUUCUUGAUAUAAUGCCUUUAUUGACUUUUUGUGCAUUUAGCAAAGUACAGCUUAUACAAAAUACGUGUUAAUAUCGACAUUAACUGUUGUUUUUAAAGUUUUAAUUUUAGUUUUACGUGUUGGCGGGAGGGGCGGAACGUUGGUUCCGCUUUCGUGUUUCCAGCCGGACAUACUAGAGAGAACGAACUAGAGUGCAAUGUAGUUUCACGGUUUUUAUGCCGCGUAUUAUUAUUAAUAAUAAAACUAUUAUUAAGUGAAGGGAGAAGCGGUCGGGACCUUAGUAUGGAUCCGGCCCACAGAGCCCUGCUCCAGAAACACAGAGUGGCUCUUGCCACUGAGCUCCUGGUAUCUGACCACAUAGUUCCUUACCUGUACCAGGAGCAGAUCCUUACGGAUUCUCAGGUGGAGGACAUUGAGUCCCAGUCCACGAAUAAACGGAAGGUCUUCAGACUCCUGGACCUGCUCCCGAACCGCGGCCCCCUGGCCUUCAGCUGCUUCCUGCGGUCUCUGGACGACUUCAGCUGGGUCAGAGAACGUCUGCUCCAGGAACUAGAGACC